UCCAAUUUCCCCGAGUCAACUCGCCUUGCAAGCGCUGCGACGGUGCAAUAGUUCCCAAACUAAACCCUAAUUCCGCUUAACCAUAUUUGUGUCUCACCAAAUUUUGACGCUCCCUCAACGGUACGUUUUCUUCCCCUGUUACGAACCCUGGGCCGGAAUUUGGCUGUUUGCAGUCGCUCUGUGCCGUUGAGUUUUUGGUUAGAAAGUUGAGAGAAUUCAGUGCUCAUUUGAAAUUCAAGUUUGGGGUGUAAUUUCCCUCAUUGUGCCGGGGUUUGAGUUCUUCGUAGUGAAAAUGGGGUUUGCUAGUGUUUUUGAAUGGAAAGAUAGAGAUUCUGAAGUAGGAAUGUGAAUCUUAAGUGUACGUGACGCUGAAUUCUGGUUUUGUCAGUUGAAGGCAAGUCUCAAAUGAUUAGAAUCGAUUAUAAGAAAAGAAAACUUUUGUAGAUGAAGAGAGUGCACGUGUGUUUUGUUGAUGAGCGGAAAACCUUCUUGAUAUUUUGAAGUUUUAUAAUGCAUGUGGUUGCUUCUUGAGAAAUGUAUAAUGAGGCUUCAUUGUGGGGAUAAAGUCCAAGAUAUUUGAACGAGAUUGAAGUUUCAGGAACAAUGGGGGAAACUGGGGAUACCCCUAUAUUGGAUAAUCCAGGUUCCAGAAGGUUAUUGAGAAGGAAGAGGGGCUCAAAAAAUUAUGAUGAGAAUUUGAUGGAUGAGUUGAUAGAGAAGCAUUUGGGUGGUUCUUUGAAGAAGAAAAAUAGGACACAGGAAGAUUUAGAGAAGGAAACUGAGACCGAAGCCAUGAUAGCAUUGUCUUUGGGAUUUCCAAUUGACGAGUUACUUGAUGAAGAAAUAAGAGCUGGGGUUGUGAGUGAAUUGGGUGGGAAAGAGCAGAAUGAUUACAUAGUUGUAAGGAACCACAUACUUGCAAAGUGGAGGGACAAUGUGCACUCAUGGCUUUCCAAAGCACAGAUUAAGGAAACCGUAAGUAAUGACUACGCGCGCUUGAUGAAUGCAGCUUAUGACUUCCUUCUAAUAAAUGGUUAUAUAAAUUUUGGGGUUUCGGCAUCAUUUGAGUCUCAAAUUUUUGAGGAAACUACGGAGGCUUCUGUGAUAAUUGUUGGAGCAGGACUUGCAGGGUUGGCAGCAGCAAGGCAGCUCAGAUCCUUUGGUUUCAAAGUGCUCGUCCUCGAAGGUAGGAGCCGACCUGGGGGAAGAGUUUACACUCAAAAGAUGGGUCAAGAGGGUAACUAUGCUGCUGUUGACCUUGGUGGCAGUGUAAUAACUGGUAUUCAUGCCAACCCUCUUGGAGUUCUAGCCAGACAACUUUCGAUUCCUCUUCACAAGGUCAGAGAUAAGUGCCCUCUAUACAAACCGGAUGGAACACCCGUUGAUGAAAAAAUUGAUUCGGAGGUCGAACUCAUCUUUAAUAAGCUGCUUGACAAAGUUACCCAACUUAGACAAAUAAUGGGUGGAUAUGCGGCUAAUAUUUCUCUAGGUUCAGUUCUAGACACACUUAGACAAUUAUAUGCUGUUGCUAGAAGCAAUGAGGAAAGACAACUACUUGAUUGGCAUUUUGCUAACCUGGAAUUUUCCAAUGCUGGAAGUCUUUCAAACCUUUCUGCUGCUUAUUGGGACCAAGAUGAUCCUUAUGAAAUGGGAGGCGACCACUGUUUUCUUGCAGGUGGAAACUGGAGAUUAAUCAGAGCUUUAUGUAAAGGAGUUCCGAUCUUAUAUGGUAAGACCGUUGAGACCAUUAGGUAUGGCAAUGAAGGUGUUGAGGUCAUUGCAGGGAAUCAAGUGUUUCAAGCAGAUAUGGUCCUUUGCACUGUCCCCCUUGGAGUCCUGAAAAAAGGAAAAAUCAGAUUUGAACCUGGUUUACCUGAAAAGAAGCUAGCAGCAAUAGAAAGACUCGGGUUUGGGUUGCUUAAUAAGGUGGCCAUGGUUUUCGCCCAUAAUUUCUGGGGGGAGGACUUGGAUACAUUUGGCUCACUGAGAGAAUCCAGCCACCAUCGGGGAGAAUUCUUUUUGUUUUACAGCUACCAUACUGUUUCUGGUGCUCCGGUUCUUGUUGCGCUGGUAGCCGGAGAAGCAGCACAACUUUUUGAAAACACAGACCCAGCUUCUUCUGUUCAUCACGUUUUGAGAAUCCUCAGAGGCAUAUACGCUCCCAAGGGAAUUCAUGUACCUAAUCCUUUACAAUCAAUAUGUACUAGAUGGGGAACUGAUCCUCUUUCUUAUGGUUCAUAUUCGCACAUCAGAGUCCAGUCUUCUGGAAACGACUAUGAUAUCCUUGCAGAACCUGUAGGUGGCCGUUUGUUUUUCGGUGGCGAGGCCACAACUAGGCAGUACCCUGCCACCAUGCAUGGUGCUUAUCUAAGUGGCCUUAGAGAAGCUUCUCGAAUCCUCCAAGCCACAAGGGCUAGGCAAAAUAAUCCUAGGAAGUCCAUGCAGAAGAAUCUGGGACAGAACAUUGAUAUUUUGUUAGACCUCUUCAAGAGACCUGAUCUAGCAUUUGAAGAAUUUUGCUUUGUGUUUGAUCUUUCCUCUGGAGACCCUAAAUCUUUGGGAUUAAUGCAAGUGACUCUUGGCACAUGCUGCAAUGGAUAUAUCAGUGACGACUGUAAUGGGAAGGAGAUUUGCAGUCAGCAGUUGUUAAAUCAACCGGUGCAGCUAUAUACAGUAAUAUCUCGUGAACAGGCACAAGACUUGCAGCAGGCUACUGAAGGACAUUCAAAUAAGUUAUCUUUUCUGUGCCAAAAGCACGGCCUGAAGUUGAUGGGGGCCAAUGCUAUCGGACUCUUAGGUAGCACAUUGAUUUCUAAUAUUGCUAGUUCAAGGAGAAGUAGGAGUAGGUCUCGCAUACUUGCUGGAUAACGAGAUGCACCAAUAUUCUGCCGAGAUUCUUGGAGGAGAUUUCUUUGUCAAUUAUUGCAUAAGCACAUAAUGAUGGCCAGAAAAUUGGCAUGCUGUGAUUCUCUGUUGGACUCUUGCAUAGAUGGCAAUGGAAGUUAAUCUCGGAAUGAAAGUUGUUGUUUUGUAACUUGCCCAGAUGGUCGUGUUGAUUAAUAGGUUACUAUAUCUGGUAAAUGAUAUGUUUGAUUAGGUUUCUCUAAAGAAUACGAGCUCUCUGCAAUGCUGAAACUAUUUCUCGAAGCUGUAGACUCUCUCCUCCAUCUCUGCCCCUUUCUUUGUCCAAGAUUCUUUGGUCAUCACCUUAUAGAGCAGGACAGCAGGACGAAGAGAAUCUGAGCUUCCCGCGGCAACUGAAUAUGGCCCUCUGCUUACAGAUUUUGAUUGUUUUGAAAUAUCCAUUGCACAUUGAUCCCCUGUACACUAGAAAGUAGAAACCCUACUAUACACAUGUAUCUGUUCUUUUCUUCUUGUGCUUUAUUAAGUACUAGUAUAGUACUACAGAGUUGCUGCAUGCUUAUAAUUCCUUCUCGGUCCAUUUCAAGUAACUUUCGAAUUAGGUUAAAAAUUCUUAGUUAGGUAUAUAACUAGAGGUAAUUAAUUGUUUUCUGAUUCAAAAUUGCCGGAUGUGUGAUCGUGCUGAAGAAAAUGACACAGGAUGUCAAUAAUAU